UGCCUACAUGUCCGACUGCCAGACUUUUGGAGUCAUGGUUGAAAACUGGAGAACACCUACAUUCUGUCCGUUAACAUGUCCUCCCAACACUGUCUAUGAAAUCUGUGCAAAAGCAUGUGACACACCAUGUCCUGGCCUUUCUGGUGUGAUGAAGUGUAAUAUUCAGACCUGUGCUGAGGGUUGCAUGUGUAAACCUGGAUUUUUUAACAAUGGGACUGGCUGUGUUACAGCAGAUCAAUGUGGCUGCUAUGAGGAUGGACACACCUAUAAGAUUGGUGAGUCUAUCAUCACAGAGAACUGUCAAGAACGUUUGACCUGUCUUCCAUCUGGACAUUUAAAAAAAGAAAGUAUAAUUUGUGAAAGUAAUGAGGUAUGCGGAAUUAGGAAUGGUGUUCGUGGAUGCUACCCAAGGCAGUGCCGUUUGGAGGCUAGUGGCUCCUUUAGCCUUUUCAGUGGAGAAACCUGGGGCAUCACAUCUGUAGGAGCCUAUGAGCUAGUGAAAGUUUGUGAUGGUGCUCUUGAAGCUGAAUGGUUCAGAGUGGUGGUUGAGUUAGGACCUUCUGGAAGCGAAAGCAGUGUUCUGGCUGUGUAUGUCUACUUUAAAGACAUCUUUAUUACUGUCACCAGCAAGCAGGACACUUGGAUCAAUGGAAAACUUGUCACUCUGCCACAGCAGCUGAACAAUGAAGUGACGGUUCAGUUAACUAAAGAAACACUCACAAUUGAAAAGAAGGAUAGCUUGAGAGUGUCUUUUAGUCUUUCACUUGGCCUUGAAUUGAGCUUGAGUUAUGAAAUGUCGCAAAAGGUGUGUGGUGCCUGUGGAAGUGACAACAAAAUGUUCAAUGUCCAGCAUCAAGGCUUGAUGAAUAUUUUGCUUUAUGGAGAGCAUCUGACUUUCCAAGUGCCUUUUGUUAAAUUCCCUGUGUGA